AUGGUGUUUCUCGUUCUAUUACUUGUUAUUUUUUAUCCUUUCAACAUUGCAUCUGCUACUACCCAUUAUGAUGCAUUUUACUUAACACUGCGGUGGCCUCCAUCAUUUUGCAAGCUUUAUUCUUGCAACACCCCUUAUAUUGAAGAUAGGUUCACUUUGCAUGGACUGUGGCCUAUCACUCUCAAUGGCAAGAGUCCUAAUUAUAAGAAAUGUAAGAAGAUUCCAUUUAAUGCUAAUCAGCUAAUUCACUCUGAAAUCAUCGAUGAUUUAAAUAAUUUAUGGCCAGUUCUCGAAACCACAAAAACUAAUAUUAAAUUUUGGAAACAUGAAUGGGAACGUCAUGGCGUAUGCACUACGUGGGAGCAAUUUCGCUACUUUCAAACAUCCGUUGAAAGGGUAAAGCAUACUCAUACACUUGAGAUGUUGAAAGGAUCAGAUAUUAUUCCCAACAAUAGCGUGUACAAGAUUGUUGAUAUAAUGCAAGCUUUGAGCGGUCUGUCAAGACCAAUCAUUGAAUGCAAAAAAAUAAAAAAGGACGCUCAUCCUAUGUUAUACCAGGUAUACUUUUGCCUUACCCAGAAUGGAGAACAAUUUCAAGACUGUCCACCCAUGGCACCACAUGGACAAUUGGGAUAUGGAUGCGAUACAGCAGAAGUAGUUAUAUUUCCUUCAACAGAAGAAGAAGUUAUACUUCCUUCAACCGCAAUCUCAUCUCAAUUUUCAUGGAAGUUAUAUUUGAUCACAUGUACAAUCUUCAAUGUCAUUAUAUAUUUUUGA